AUGACUCCAAAAAGAUCCUCAGAAUUGGAAAUAUCACCACCUGUUCGCCUUCCAACAACACCCGAACAAUCUCCAACUAGAAGGAAAAAAUCUCGUGAAGACAAAGAUUCGAUAUUUUCCUUGUUUUUUGGUUCUGCCUCAAGACCUUCCUCACCAAGCUAUGAGCCAAUUUUACAAACGAUGAAUCAUUUUACUUCUAAAUCAAAUAAAUCGAGAAAUUCUACUUUUAUUAGAAAACAUUCAGCUGAAAAUCUCAAAUCUGCUUUAUCUUUACCACAAACUGAUGGUCCAAGAAGAAAAUCUUUUGAUUCUGUACAAAACGAUAUAAAUGCUAAUUAUGUGGGUUAUUUCCCUCCUCCCGAAAUAGCUCAUUUUACUCAUCAACAAUCUAUUCAUCAAUCAUCGCCAUCAUCAGCUGAUUUUAGAAUUCAUCGACGCACAAGAAGUUCAGAAAGUGAUUCUGUUUUAGAUUCCGGUAGCUUACAUUCAACCGCUAGUAGUAAUACUCUAAUAAAUCCAACCCCUACUAAAGAAAAGAAAACUAUUUUCCCCAAAUGGUUUAUUAGAAAAGGAUCAAAAGAUAAAGAAAUACCGGCACCACCAGAAGCUUCUUCUCGUAAAAACUCAGAUGCAGAACCCUACAUACAUACUAAUUUGGUAAUAACACCAACAUAUGAUAGGGAUGAUCCUUUUGGAUCAAUUAUUACUCCUACUUAUCCUAAAUCUGCUACAUUACCUGGAAAAAAUGACAUUCCUUGGAUUAAAUCAAAAAAAGAUAAAUCAGGAAAAAAAAAGGAUUUGAUUUUAAAUGGAAUCAAUCUUGAUACCGAUUUUGUUGAUAUGAAUGAUAUUAUAAGAAAUCCAAAUUACAUGUUAUACGAUGAACUCCAACCAGAAAAAUCAUUCUACGAUGGAUCAGAAAUAUGGUCUCCACCUGAAUCAUGGGCUGUUCGAAAAGCUUCUCCAGAUGAAUCAUCAAUUUUAACAGAUAAAGAUUUUAAUAAAUAUUUAAAAGAUAUAAAUGAUAAAUCGGAUCAAACUAAUAAAUUGUUUACCAUACGAAUUUUUCGUCCUGAUUCAACUUUUGGUACCGUAAAUUGUUCAUUAAAUACUACCACUGCUGAAUUAUGUCAAAUGUUGGGGAAAAAAUUCUUUGUUCAAGAUAUCUCAAAAUAUAAUUUAUUUGUAAAAAGACACUAUUUAGAACGUGUGCUAACUUCUCAUGAAAGACCAUUAAAAUUACAAAAAAUAUGGCUUGAACGAGCAGGUUAUACUGAAAAAGAUAAUUUAGAAGAUCUGGGUAGAGAAGAUAAUAGUUAUUUGGUUCGUUUUACAUUUCGUGAAACAACCGUACCGAGAUUCGAGGAAGAAGUUAAUAUCUCAAAUUUUCAACAUGUUGACCUUCAGGCACGCAAUUUACAAACUAUCCCUAUAUUUCUUUAUAAACAUGCCCAUGUCAUUCGAUCACUUAAUGUUUCACAAAAUUUGAUGCUUGACCUUCCAACUGAUUUUAUACAAUCAUGUACUCAACUUCGUGAGCUUCACCUAUCUUCAAAUGAUCUUGAACGAAUUCCUCAAUCUGUAAGACAAUCUGAACUGCUAUCGAGCCUCAAUAUAAAUUCAAACAAGCUCAAAGAUUUAGAUCAUGCUAAACUUGAUAAAAUUAAAGGCAUAUUAAAUCUUCAAGUAGAAAAUAACAUGCUUCAAAGUUUGCCAGAAUACUUUGAACGAUUCACCACUCUUAACUUUCUUAAUAUUGCCAAUAAUUCUUUUACGGAAUUUCCAUUGGUUAUUUGUAAAAUAACAACACUUUCAAAACUAGAUGUUAGCUUCAAUAAAAUUUCCUCUAUCCCUGAUGAGAUUGGUCAACUAGUCCACUUAAAAAGACUAUUUAUGAUAGGAAAUCAACUUGCAGAUUCAUUACCUAACAGUUUUAAAAACCUAACCUCUUUACGAGAAUUAGAUAUUCGUAAAAACAAAAUUCAAAAUUUAGAUGUAAUUUCUUCAAUGCCAAACAUUGAACGUUUAUUAGCAGAUUCAAACAAAAUCAGCAUGAUAAAUCUUUCUUCAAGAACACUACAACAAUUAAUAUUGUCUAGUAAUCGUUUUACACAAUUUGGGUUGUCUGCGCCAGCAACUUGUCUUACAGUUCUUUCUUUAGCACACUCAAAGCUUACCACAUUGCCCGAUGAACUAUUUGAAAACCUUCCUGCAAUUGAAAAAAUUGAUCUGAGCAAUAACCAAUUUGUUUCGCUUCCAAAAACAAUCGGAUUAUUAACAAGAUUGACACAUUUGUCAUGCGUAAACAAUAUUCUCUCUGAGUUACCUGGCGAAAUUAGUACUUUAGUGUCUUUACGAGUAUUAGAAAUUCGUAAUAACAAUUUAACUUCACUUCCACAAGAAAUUUGGUUAUGUAACAAUUUAACAGUUUUAAAUGCCAACAAUAAUUUAACCGUAGAAAUAUUUCCGGCGAUUUCAUUAUUAAUGGAACUUAAAAUAUUAAAUCUUUCAUUUAAUGAUUUAGAUGAAAUUCCAACUGGCGGUUUAAUUAAUCCUUACCUGACAGAAUUAUAUCUUUCUGGUAAUCAAUUAUCAUCAUUACCUGAUGAUAUUGAAAAAUUGUCAAACUUGAGAAUUUUACAUGUAAAUGGUAAUAAGCUACAAACAUUGCCAGCUGAAUUAAGUAAAAUAAGAAAAUUGAUUGUCUUAGAUGUUGGAAGUAAUGCUCUUAAAUAUAAUAUCGCUAAUUGGCAAUAUGACUGGAAUUGGAAUUGGAAUAUGGAGCUUAAAUUUUUAAAUCUUUCUGGUAAUAAAAGAUUUGAAAUCAAACAUGCACAUGUCACAGAGAUCAAUCCACUUAGAGAUAGAAAUCUUGCAGGUUUUGGUGCUUUAACCCGACUCAGUGUUCUAGGUUUGAUGGAUAUUACACUAUUGAAUUUGACAGUACCUGAUGAAAAUGAUAAUAGGCGUAUUAGAACUUCAUCAUCCGAAGUUAAUUCUAUGUCGUAUGGAAUGGCUGAUAUAUUAGGAAUAAAGGACCACCAUCUGUCAAUAUGGGAAACUGUAAUUCCAAAAUUUCGUAGUCGUGAUGACGAAUGUUUAUUUGGCCUUUUUGAUGGGAGAAAUGGUCCGGAUCAAGGUGGUCCUGUUACCAAAUAUUUACACGAUUGGUUUCCGUAUCAUUUCAAGUCUGAGCUUGAGAAACUCAAAGACAAUGAAACAGUUGAAUCAGCAAUCAGAAGAACCUUUUUGGGUUUAAAUAAAGAACUUGGUUUAAAAGUUUUCAAUUCAAGUUUUGAGAAAGAGUAUGCCAGAGAAAACGAGAGUAAUCAUCAUCAUUCAAUAUCAUUACAAAUUGGUAAUAAUAAAUCGGGCGCUUCUGGCUUGAUAGCAUAUAUUUCAGGAACAAAAUUAUACGUUGCAAAUGUUGGUGACACCACAGCGGUCAUCAGUCGUAAUGAUGGUAAUGCACAUGUUAUUGCAAAAUGUGAAGAUCCAACCAGUACAAAUGAAUUCCAAAGAAUAAGAGAAGCUGGCGGAUUUUUAUCUCAUGAUUUUUUGGUGAAUGGUGAAUUUAGUGUUUCUAAAUCAUUUGGACAUUUUCAUUUAAUGCCAAUUAUAAAUUCUAAUCCAGUGAUUGAUGUGAUUGAAUUAUCAGAACAAGAUGAGUUUGUCAUAUUGGCAACAAAGGGAUUAUGGGAUUGUAUGAGUUAUCAGACAGCUGUGGACAUUGCACGAACUGAAAAAAAAGAUUUGAUGAUGGCCGCACAGAAAUUACGUGAUUUUGCUAUUGCAUAUGGUUCGGAAAAAAAAUUAAUGGUAAUGAUUAUUGGUGUGGGAGACCUGUUUUGUCGAAGAUCAAAACCAUCCACAAAUACAGGAGACCCUAAUUUUAAAAAAGCACAAUAUAUCACAGAAGAACCAGGAACAACCUUUUUCUUUGGUACUAGUAAGAAGCGUAUUAGAAAAGAAGAAGUCCCUAGUGAUUCAAUGAUGGCAAGAUUACAAAAAGAAAUUUCUCCGCCAACCGGACAGGUUGCUUUGGUUUUUACUGAUAUUAAAAAUUCAACAUUUUUAUGGGAAACAAUCCCGGUUGCAAUGAGACAUGCAAUAAAACAACACAAUACCAUAAUGCGUCGUCAAUUAAGGAAUAUAGGUGGUUAUGAAGUUAAGACUGAAGGAGAUGCUUUCAUGGUUUCUUUUCCAACCGUAUCAUCAGCUCUUCUUUGGUGUUUUACUGUACAACUUCAACUGCUUGAAGUUGACUGGCCCCAAGAAAUUAUCGAUUCAGAUGAUGGUAAGGAAAUUUAUGGUGGCGAAUAUAAUGAGUUGCUGCAUAGGGGCUUAUCAGUUAGAAUGGGAAUACAUUUAGGCGUACCAGUAUGUGAAACUGAUAUUGUAACAAAAAGAAUGGAUUAUUUUGGGCCAAUGGUGAAUAGAACUGCUAGAAUUUGCAAUGCAGCUGAUGGUGGUCAAAUAUGUGUCAGCUCAGAUGUCGAGGCAGAAAUAAGAUUGUUGGAUGGUCUGAUGGAUGCAAAUGAUCACGAUUCAUUGUUUAAGAAAAAUGGCGAAUAUGAUGAUUAUUCAGGGCCAUUAACAACAGUUACUACUAAUACUAUAGUAAAUAAUCCAGUUAUAUUAGAUAAAAAUCUUAUUGCAUUAAGAAAAAUGGGGUUUGUUGUUAAAAACAUUGGAGAAAAAAAACUUAAAGGAUUGGAAAAUACCGAAGUAUUAUCAUUAGUUUUUCCGGAAGCACUUAAAGGUCGAAUGGAAGAAGGUCAACAAAAUAGGAUCACACAAGAGAAUAUUUUCCCACCUUCAUGUGUGAGACAACUUGGAUAUCUUUGUUUACGUUUAGAACGUAUUACAUCAGGAAAUAUAAACAAUCAAUAUAAUUCAGCAAGAAAUUCCCGUGCAGAUUAUUUAACAGGCUUAUUAACUUUUCAUGUUAAAGAUAAUGCAGACGAUGAAGAAUUGUUAAGGAUUAUGGAAAGUUUAAUAACAAGAAUUGAGAACGUUAUAUCAGCUUUAUAUCUUAAAAAUGUUAGCAAGCAUACUCGUAUACGUGAAGAGUUUGGAGAAACUACUCAAAUUGAUCCGGAAUAUAUAAUUGAUGCAUUACGAAUGUACAUAAAAAUGGUCGGAAUUAAUAAAACAAAAAGCAAUAAAUGUGAUGGAUCACCAGCAUAA